AUGAGGACGGGCUAUCCACGAUUUUUCAUUCAUCUUACCAUCCAAGAGCUGGAGCAGGAGAUUCUGUCCCGAUAUGGUAGGGAUGGCGAAAAGACCAUGCUGUUCCCAUCUCGCGCCACUGCGACCCGGUGCCAGCAGUUUCUGUUGGAUAAAGAGCCGUCAUUGACCUCCAAUCACGUUCGUUUGAUUGCCCUCAUUCCUUCUGUGCGAGGAAAUGUUCUUGUGCAAGAGACACAGACAGUCGCGUCCGACCUUUUUGCUGUAGCUUUCCCAAGUCGGUGUUCUACGCUUGCGAAGCAGAUGUGGCAGCACUCCGGAGACGGCGUCUCUAGCCGGCGAGGUGAAUUCUGCUUGAAAGCUCUACGGGAAGGUAUACUGUGUAGGGAGGGCGACCAAUCCCUGCCGAACCAAUUGCAGGCUCGGACAUGCAAAGGUCCACGCCGAUACCAGAAGAAGGAGCCUUUGACUGAAAAUGAGCGUGGCAAUGGCAAUGGGGAUUUCCCCGUUCAGCACCCCAGUCCCACCAUCCCAGGUCACGAAGGCAAAGAAUAUUCUCAAUUCGUGGAAGAGCGUUUUGGACGGAAUCUUAACGCAGAUUUAGCCGCCAAGGCGAAGCUGGCAAUUCGCAGACGCAUUGCUGGCUGUCUAACAGACGAUGCGGAACUAGAGAAAGCUCUCGAGGUAUCAGAGGACGUUUCUGGCCACCGAGUGAAUGGACUCUCGGAAGGCGACGUCUACCUCUACCCUACCGGGAUGAGCUCCAUAUUUAAUACCCACCGAAUCUUGAUGGCUCAUCGAGCUGAGCCACGAAAAAGCAUCUGUUUCGGCUUUCCUUAUAUCGACACUUUGAAGAUCCUGGAGAAAUGGGGUCCCGGAUGUCUCUUUUAUGGGAACGGGUCAGACGCAGACCUUGACGACCUUGAGAGACGAUUGACACAAGGUGAAAAAUAUCUGGCACUCUUCACCGAGUUUCCCGGCAAUCCACUACUCAACACCCCAGACUUGAAACGUAUCCGGUCCUUAGCCGACAGGUAUGACUUUGCCGUAGUUGUCGAUGAGACUAUCGGGAAUUUCAUCAAUGUCAACACCCUUGCUCGAGCCGAUGUGGUGGUCAGCAGUCUCACCAAGGUCUUCAGUGGUGAGAGCAAUGUCAUGGGGGGAAGCGCUGUCUACAACCCACAAGGACGCAUGUACCAGUCUCUCCAGAAAACCCUGGACGUGGAAUAUGAGGACAACUACUGGGCUGAGGAUGCAGUCUUCAUGGAACGAAACAGCCGAGAUUUCAUCUCCAGGAUUCAGCGGGUCAAUGUUAAUGCUGAAGCAAUCGCCGAUGUCUUGAGCUCCUCACCACUGGUCAAGGAAGUCUAUUACCCCAAACACCGUCCUUCCCGAAUUUAUUACGACCAAUGUCGGAAUGCAGAUGGCGGAUAUGGAGGCUUGCUCAGCGUCACAUUCCGACAUGUCGAGGAGGCUGUCGUUUUCUUCGAUGCACUGGAAGUGCAGAAGGGUCCGAGUCUGGGUACCAAUUUCACCUUGAGCUGUCCAUUCGUCAUCUUGGCCCAUUACAACGAGCUUGAUUGGGCUGCUCAGUUCGGAGUCGAUGCUGACCUCGUCCGGAUAAGUAUUGGACUGGAGAAUACCGCCGAGUUGAGGUUCAUCUUCGAAAGCGCCUUGAAUGCAGUCGGCCAGCUUGGGCUUAACAAGAAGGCCACAAUUUAA